AUGGUAUGCGCGAGUCGUGAACAACUCCGUCCCAUUAACGUGCUUGCUAACCCUUUCUUCGUGUGUUCUUUUUGGUAUACGCUGCUAGUGGAAUCUAAUGCCGCUAUUCGGCAAGCCUACUUAGUGCGACACGGCCUCGAAGGGACGUUUCGGAAGUCUCUUGAGAGCAUAUGGUACCCGUCGGGAAGCAGGUCAGGGUCUACAAUGAUUGCAGAUUUGCAAGCACUGCUUGCUGCCGGUGAUGACGCGCUGGCCUCACAAGGAGAUGAGACGGCUGUGGUCACAAUUGGGGAUGAUAUUCGAGUUGAGAGAUUUGAUGGCGCAACGUUGGUGAUUGUCUUACAACCAUCAAAUACAUUUAGCUCUUGCCAGGAUGUAAUCGGGUCAUGCAGCCAAGUGCUGGAACAACUGUUGGUGUUAAUGAAAGGUCUACAAGGCUCGCGCGGGGUGACUUGA